AUGGCCCAGGCCCAUUUCCUGUUGGAACUGGGAGACGAGGCGACCUCAUGGGCAUUUUCCGACUUGAUUGACAAUGGACGUUUUGUGUUUCAACUUUGCUGCAGGUCAUUGAUGAGGGCCUCACGUGCUAGUCGUAGCGAACCAACGACUGCAGUAGCCCCUCCCUCCCCCACCCAACGACUGGUGAAGCAUGCAUCUUUUUCUUUCCCCGCACUUCAAGACCAGAACCAAGGCCAUUCCCUGUCGGUAUCAGCAUACACAAUGAGUCGAUGGCAUCUAGAGACUUGCAUGUCACCUGAUGUGGUGGUGACUGGUGGAACACACAUCUACUGCAUGAUAUGCAACCAAGCACCAGACAUUGACAAGCUUGUUGCCGACCCUGGUCAUCAGAAUCCCACAGCACCUUUGAUUCCGCCAGAUGAGCCGUACGGCGCAUACAACCUUUCAUGGCCGCCGGGCAUACCCUAUAGAAGGACUGGGCAGCAUAUCACAAGGGAAGAACCAGUGGACCAAAAUGAAGCAGAGAACAGCAACUCCUCAGACGGCUUGUUCAGUAACAUCCAACUUAGGGCCGCGUAUGAGAAGGCAUUGGGUCCGGAUGAGUUCCGACUCAUUUGCCUUCCAAGCACAGACGAUGUGAAUACACCUAUUCACUUGACGCUCGAGACGUAUGGCGAUGAGCGCUAUCCGGAAUACGAGACUGUGUCGUAUACAUGGGGCGGAGAAGAUGAAGACGGAACCCUUUGCAAGCCAGUCUUUGUUGGGCCUUACUGGGAGGUGUUGCUGCAGACCAAAAAUUGCUGGGAAAUGCUGAGAUUCCUCCGACCUCGGCGAGGCUAUCGCUUGGUCUGGGUUGACGCCAUCUGUAUCAAUCAGCUGGACUCGCUGGAGAGAGCAACACAGGUGGCGAAGAUGAGAUCGAUUUACAAAAACAGUCGACGAACGGUUGUUUAUUUGGGCCCUGAGAUCACUCCUAUCACCACACAUGCCCACCCAGUCCGACUCUCAGCAAGAGAGGCAGUCACCUUGUCGCGAGGAGGGGAGACUGAGCUCAUCGGUACGGGCGGCAAAGUAAACUUGGGGCAGUUGCUUCAGUGUCGGUACUUUAGUCGCAUCUGGGUAAUUCAAGAACUUCUCCUGUCACGCCAAGUAUCGAUUCCAGUUCGCGAUAUGGAGAUAGAUUUUGACUCACUGAGCAUCAAUGCUAUCACCGGGCAGGCUGGCGAGGGCAGACGCCCAAGACAGCUCUGGGACAGUACGCCUGCGCCGUGGUUCCAAUACUUAUCCCAGGGAGGCUACUUACGUCAUGGUCUCCUGGACUGGACACUGCUGACAUCUUCGUCGACUGCUUCAGACAUGCGUGACGAGCUGUUUAGCCUCCUGGGUCUAGUUCCUAACAACAAUUUAACGCCAGAUUACGGAAUUUCCCGGUUGCACGCGCAGAUAGGAGUUGCCGCACACUCGCUGUUCCGACUUGGUUCCUUCGAAAACUUCUACAUAGCUCCCACUCAGCAGAGAGAACGACCCGACAAUUAUCCAUCUUGGGUGCCCUACCGAGCUCGAACAGGGGGAGCAGCACGAGUGUCAUGGACAUCCCAGGAACCAAAACGUGUUCUCCAGGAAUUCUACGAGGCCCUGAAGCGCCACUUUGAUAAGUCUUAUUCAGGCCGUCAUGCAAUCUAUCAGCCGGAAGAAGAUAAUGAAUCAACCCUUUGGACGGCCGAAGCUACCAUCGAUGUAGACACAGCAGCCUUGACCCUUAAAGCGACGCAUUUGGCGACAUGUACAGAUGUGCCUGUUGAGGUUCCUUUUACCAAGAAGAACCAUUUCAGGUCACGUACUGAGAGGGAACCCGGAUGGAAGGCCUUUGUGGUGCGGUCUAACGAGAUGGAGAUGUAUCUUCUCUCAAACCGGAGCAGUGCCCUUGAUAAAGUAGUUGAACCAUUCGACCACAUCUACUGGCUGCACGGGGGUUAUACAAAAGAAGAAACGCCAGGGUUCUUGAUCCUGCGUCCCAUAAAAGGCCAAGAGGGGAAACGGUUUCGGUUAGUCGGCUUUUGUAGCCAGGUGUUGUUUGUCGAGGUCUUCGUUGCCGGACGUAAGACGGUCCCAAACAGGCAACCAAACAGGGCACGCAGUAUCGCUAUUCAUUAUCUUUCUUCCUCUAAUCUUCAGAGAGGAUUGAAGCGAGCUGUGGAUGAUGCUGUCGCCAAGUUUGGAUGUUUAGAGGAAUUGUUUCCAGGCGUAGUCACACCACAGGGUCAGCUGUGGAGUUUCUUGGCCUUGAUGAAGCUGGCCUCCUGGCCAUCGCAGCCGUUCACUUUCUUUUCGGAAUACCUGAGCCACCUUGACUCAAGAUACGAUGGCGUGGUUACCAAGGAAAUGAGGAGACUCGAGGACGACCAGCACGAAGUCGAGAUCCUUACCAUCACCGUGCCAUCCGCCGACAUAUCCAAGUUUGUGUUAUCAUGGGGAUACUUGCGCCCUCCUUUCGUCAAGUUUCAGCAGCUACAAUCACGGGAGGACCAAGAUGUACCAUGGGACGAAAGCAGAGUUGUUGUAGUGGAAACUCUCCAAGAAGAUGAUGUGCUGCGGCUCCGGGCUGAAAUGAGCGCCAAGGACCUGGCUGACCUGAGGCGAAGCGGGAAGCGUGACAGUUCGGGCCCCGGUGAGCAGCAAAUCAGCAAUGUAAUUUCACCGGAGGCUCAGACUGUCUGGAAAUACUUUCAAGAGCUGGAAAAGGCGCGCUGGGCGACAGGAGGAAUGGGCAUCCAGGAGAUGGUCAGACUUGUUCAAUCUGGCCAAGACACAAGUUCAAUGGCUUGUCCUGAAUGGCCGGCUGAUAUCGUGGAUGCGUUUCAGGUCCAGGGCAACACUUUACAAAUCACGAUUGUGUAG